CCGGAAGUUCUCUUAGCUACGUCGGUGGAGCGUCGCCCUGCGCGCGUGCGAGGAAUAAAGCGAGGAGUGAGAGGAGUUGACCGUUGGCUGCCCCGUCCCGCCUAAAUCGGCUCGUCCUGUCGGGGGUCGCUCCCAGCCCAGCUGCCAGCCAUGGCGUACCGCGGGCAAGGCCAGAAGGUGCAGAAAGUGAUGGUGCAGCCCAUCAACCUCAUCUUCAGAUACCUACAGAAUAGGUCCAGAAUUCAGGUGUGGCUGUAUGAACAGGUGAACAUGAGGAUAGAAGGCUGUAUUAUUGGAUUUGAUGAAUAUAUGAACUUGGUUCUGGAUGAUGCUGAGGAGAUUCACUCCAAGACAAAAUCAAGGAAACAGCUGGGUCGAAUCAUGUUAAAAGGAGACAAUAUUACUCUUCUACAGAGUGUUUCUAACUAGAAAUAGUUAUUGAGUCUGUUUUGCUUAUUAUUUUAAUCUUUAAAACCUAUAGAAGAAAACAUGCAGUGGUGUAAUGGUAUCGCUCCCAAUUCUACCAUUGGUGUCUGAAGUGUGAAGAAUGAAGCCAGUUACCUAAUUUGUGCUUGCAUAAUUUUCAAUAACUUUUCUACAUUGGUGUUGAAUUGUAGUUCUUUAUAAAUAAAACUUUUUGUUAGUA